AUGGCCAUUGAAAAGGUCCGCGCUCCGAGGCAUGACCGCACCAAAAUACAAAGGUUGCAGGGCGGCACACUCACGGUCGUGGUCGGCAAAGAAACACAAACCCAAACUUUCCUCAUCCACGAGACCCCCGCUCGAAAGGUCUCCGAUUUCUUCGACAAGGCAUUGAGCGGACCCUGGAAAGAAUCCAAGGAGCGCACCGUGGAGCUACCGGAGGUGGACCCUGAUGUAUUUGCUCUCUUUGUCCACUGGUUUUACUUCAAAUCACUCCCUGUCGGUCAUGAUGAUAUCGGUGCCGAAAAAGACAUGGAGUACAUGGAGCUUGCAAAGACAUAUGUGCUGGGCGACAUGCUUGUUAGCUCUGCGUUGAAGAAUGCCGCAAUUGACGCUAUAGUUGAGAAGAGUUUAACUCCCAAGGCGGAUGAGAAUACCUAUUAUCCCAGCAUCGAAGAAAUUCAGUAUAUCUACAGCAACACUGUGGAUGGGGCUGAUAUCCGCAGACUCAUGGUGGACCUUUACUUUGAGCAUGGAAACGACAGCUGGCUGAAAAGCAAGACCGAUUUUCCAAAUGCCUUUCUUCUGGCAUUGGCUGAAGAUUGCUUGGAGGAACGUCGACGGGACAGUGAGUGGAUUAAGCCGGAGAGGUAUCACGCCUCGGCUUGA